ACAUACACGAGUCCAAUCCCCCCUUCCCUUCUCUCACGCCAUGUAACAUGACUUUUUCACGUCCUUUAAUUCCUAUAUUUACUGUUCCUUGACGCGCAUCUUCCGCAUUCUCUCUUCGUGUUGCAAGCAUGGCUCCCACCAUUGUGCACCUUCCCAACGGCCAGAAUCUGACAAUCACCCCUGUCUUUGGCGGGCUAUUCUUCAAGAGCAAUGACUUGACAAACCACCACUCCCCAUUCCCACCUGGCUGGACAAUCGUCCUGAACUCUGAAGACCAUGCAGACCCUGACCCCGCAGACAACGAAGACACCUCGUCGGCGUCUGAAGAGGUCAGAAUACCUCGACGGCACGUUGUGCAUCGGUACAAGCGGCCUACCCUCCACAAUGACCAUCUCUACAUAUCCUCGAUUUCCAAUCCGAGCAGCAGUGACUUCAAGCCGGCGAGCUCCCCCACCAGGCAGAUUGCGAUGAUGCUCUGGGCUACCCUGUGGUGGUACUUCCACCAACCAGAGCCGACCCUGCAGCUUACCACUCCGGCUUCGAAGAACACACCCGACUCCGGAAAGCCUGAAGGCGAGUGGAGAAUCGCCAUAAAUCGAGAGGGCAUAUUCAAGGGCAAGGUUGUACUACCCAAGCUCGAGCGGAUGGGUUUGGUCGCCAGCGAAGAGUCAAAUGUAGGCGUAGUUCAGGACGAAAAGUCUCCUGAAGGCUGGACAAAUAUGUUUGUCAGUCGGCGGUCAUUCUGGCUACUCGACCCCAGAAUUUACCUCUUCACCCUCUCUCCCAUGUCCCAAUCGCCCUUCCCUUCUGGCUCCCCGUAUGCCUCCCGCCCUGGUUCACCCUCCGGGGAGCGACCCGGUUCACAGAAGGACAUCCAACUAGACCAAGUCUCCCAGGGCCUCUGGUCUCCCACAGCCCCCGGCCCUUUCCAUUCCACCAGCCACCUUCCGACCUACUAUCCUCCACCUCCCCCACAAUAUAUAAUCUCGAACCACGUCCGCCACCCCAUCCGCCCCAAACCCCCCCGUCAAGGCGAAAUCUUCUACACCCGCUUUAUUCCUUCCGUCGGCCAAUAUCUCUCCUUCCGUGUAGCUUCCAUAUCCUCCAAACCCCUCCGCCACCGUGGCCCUGUAUCCUCACAAACACCAACCCCCCAUCGCAACUCCCCGCUCUCAGCCUCCGACUCCGUAGUCUCCACCAUUGCCGGCCUAAACCUCGGCCUCUCCGACUCAGAGUAUCUCCACAAAUGGAUGAACAUCCCUCGAGUAUCAUAUUAUUGGGGCGAGAGCGGACCGCAAGCGCACCAAGAAGCCUUUCUCAAAACCCAGCUACGGUCUCGGCAUUCCUUCCCCGUAAUCGGCUGCUGGGACGGCAAACCCUUCGGCUAUUUCGAACUGUACUGGGUGAAAGAAGACAAACUCGGAAAGUACCUCAGCAACGUGGGGGACUAUGAUCGAGGUUUUCAUUGCUUAGUCGGGGAACAAGAGUUCCGGGGCGAGCAUCGAGUAAGGGUGUGGUUGAGUGCGAUAGUGCAUUAUUGUUGGUUGGCAGAUAAUAGGACGGAGACGGUUAUGCUGGAACCACGGGUUGAUAAUGACAAAUUGGCGCAGUACUGCAUGGACGCAGGCUUCUACAAAGAAAGAGAGAUCAGCUUUCCGCAUAAACAGUCUAAUCUAAUGAAGAUUAAACGGGAUGCUUGGGAGGGUCCGGCGUUGUAACUAUGGCUGGCCGACAAUACUGCAUCUCUUGUCAGUCGCCUAACUAACGCGGAACAUGUCGAUAGUUCAGGGCGGAAAUUUGCAACCUGUUGAUGCUCUACCUUAUUUCAGCAAGAGGUUUAACAUAUAGACUAUGCUCUGGUCAUGUUCCACGUUGAUCACAACAUGAUGUAUAUGUACGGGGGGUUCUUUUCCUUUUUUGGAGGUGGAAUUCGUAGGUUGGCUGGUUGGGUGGAUAUGGCUGCUGUUUUUAGUUUAUGACGAUCUUGGGAUGGACCGGAGAUACCACUGCUCAGGGUUGGGUGCAUACUGUUUUAUAACAAUAAUCGGAUAUUUCC